CAAGAUUCCAGAUUGCUACUUAGCUGAGCUUAUAGGUGAUUGAUUAAAUUCUACGCAGCUAGGAUUGGAGAUGUCUUGCCCACCUUAAUCCAAUUGGGAAGCCAUUUUAAGUAACAGUCUCUCAUACCGCCUGCAAUACUCGCCGUUCACUUUCCGAUCAAUCAUUGGCGAAAUCUAGAAGUUGAUCCUCGAAUUUCAGGUAAAUUGUUUUUAAGCAUUAUCCUCUAUCCUGCGGGCUCAGUCAACUGUCCAUCUCCGGCCGGCAGACAACAACCCGAAUCUUUAACGGCGAAUUUAGUGUCACCAUCGAAGCUCCGAAGAGUGAUAAUGGUGAAGCCGAAAAUUGCGCCUUCGAUGUUGUCAUCGGACUUCGCAAAUUUGGCAUCGGAGGCCGAGCGGAUGGUCCGAUGCGGUGCAGAUUGGCUGCACAUGGAUAUUAUGAUCGAUAUAAUAUGGUUUUUCUUUGCUGGAGUUGUCAUUCUUCAUUUUGUGCCAAACCUCACAAUUGGUGCUCCAGUUAUUGAGAGCCUGAGAAAGCACACAGAUGCUUACUUAGAUUGCCACCUAAUGGUCACAAAUCCUAUAGAUUACGUCGAGCCAUUAGGAAAAGCUGGUGCUUCUGGUUUUACUUUUCAUGUGGAAGCCUCAAAAGAUAAUUGGCGAGAGCUUGUGCAACGAAUCAAAUCAAAGGGUAUGAAGCCUGGUGUUUCCUUGAAGCCCGGAACCCCUAUUGAAGAAGUGUACCCACUGAUUGACGACGAAAAUUCUGUGGAAAUGGUACUUGUUAUGACCGUGGAACCUGGAUUUGGUGGGCAAAAGUUUAUGCCCGAAAUGAUGGAUAAGGUGCGUACGCUAAGAAAGAAGUACCCUUCACUUGACAUAGAGGUGGGUGACUUUCCAUCUGCUGAUAAUUUCCGAGUUGACGGUGGUUUAGGACCUUCGACUAUAGAUAUGGCAGCAGAUGCUGGUGCAAAUUGCAUUGUGGCGGGAAGUUCUGUAUUUGGAGCUCCCAAUCCUGCUCAUGUUAUAUCACUUAUGCGCAAAAGUGUGGAGAAUGCCAAAAUUAAUUAAGUUUAUAUCCAAAUGUGACUAAAAGAUGUUUAUCUGAUCGGUGUGUAAUAAAAUGCAUGCAAUCUGUAUGCUGCAUAUGACCUGUUUAUGUUAUGACCUUGUGGUAAUUCAGUCUGUUGUGGCAUGGUAUGAUCAU